AUGCAGUCCCCUUCCACCAUUUUCAACUUUUUGAUGGUUGCUCUUGUCGUGGUGUCGAUAAGCGCAGCUCCUUACUCGCAUUCUGAAUUUGAAGCACAGUCCAUUAUGCCGAUUAACGGUGUCGGCCCAGAGCGAACUCGCAACAUAGGCCCCAGACACACUGAUUUACGUCCGGGAGUUCUCCGUCGGUCGGACACCCUCUUAAUGCCCAAGACCGCUACACCUCGUCACACCACAACCAAGACGCGCCGUAUGGUUUAUGGCUGGGGGCCUAGGGGAUUUGAUGAGAAAGACGAUGGCGAGGGUAGCAGUCAGUCGGACCUGUCACUGCUCGCAGCCGAUCCAGCCGAAACAUCUGAGCAUGUCUCGAAGGUCACGAAGCAAAGCGCCCCCUCCGGACCAACCAAACCGAAGAACGGCACGACCGCCCAGCCUCCUGCCGAGGUAAUCAAGACAUUGUGCCAUUUUCUUAUCUCCGGUAACUCAUCCGAGAAGGGCACUGUGAUGCUCGACGACAAAGGAAACAGUUCGGCCAUCAUUCCCCCAAAGAAGAGUCCCGGAAUCACCACCGACGCUCUAGCCAGUCCUAGCAGUAAUAAAACCGGAGGUGACGAUAAGCACAACGGAAAAGGUGACAAAUACUAUCUUGCUUUGUCCUGGUGUCAUGAGUACAUGAACCAUUCGUCCCACGAUACCGGUGCACACUCAGGCUCCACCGGCGGUCAAAAACCUACUACCAGUGCCAACGGUACCACCCUGGUUCCACCAAAGUCAUUCGAUGACCCUUCCACCUCCGGCUCGAAAAAAUCUCCGUCGAUUACCUCAAACGUUCCCGUUGACACCGUGUCUGAUGAUGUUCGCGAAGGUAUACCUGCGGACAAGCCAACCACCAGGAAGAACUUCAAAAUCCCAUCAAACUUGGUCCCGUCCUUUUAA